ACGUUCCAAGGUGUUGCCCUUAUUCGUUCCCACCAUCUUUUGCCGCUUGUUAGCAUUCCUUCGCUGCAUCGCCAGAGACACAUACGCUCACACUAGUGUCGACAGCCUGCUCUUAUUCCUUUACAUGAGAGGAGGAGAGGAAGAAGAAUCGAGAACCGAAGGUUGCGUGCGAUGUCCGUUUAGUCGUCCGCUACGUCGUUGCGAGAAUGAUGAAGCGCUAAGCGUACUCGAGCCCCCAUAAGUUUACUUGUCCUUGUAUUGACCUGUCUUGCCCAUACGGAUCUUACUCACAUCCCCUUGGGCACACUGACUGGGGUGUUUCCAGGAGGAACUUGGUGGCAGAGAAGCUGCCGUGGGGUUUCGUGGUCUGGCAUCUUUCCGGGCUUUGCUUUGGCUCUGUGGGUUCGUGCUAGUUUCGUACCAGGUAGUUUUAUGUGCGAGAGUGCAGGGAAAGGAAGGAGAGCGGGGGCUGCUGGGUUGGCGGUCGGAAAUUUCCGGCUGAUUUUGGUUUGGUCUUGGGGUUGAAGAUGUUAUUUCUGGACGGUCUUCUUACUUCUGAUAGUGGGCCGACUUCGUUGUCGUUAGAUUGUGGUACGGUAUAGAGCAGUAUAGAUUGUGCGGUAGUGUGGUGGCGAAGAGGGAACUAUUAUAGAAUUUUCUUGUUGGUUUUACCGGAAAAGGUUUCUUACGCACAAGCUGCCUUUUCGAGUGCUUUCCGUUUUAGUUGGAUGUGUGUCUGAAUGUGGUGUUAUAGAUUUGUGGAGGUUUCUUAGAAGAAAUCGGAUCCAAGAGGAAAGAGACGGAUUUGACUUAUUCCAGGUAUCGUCGGAAGAGAAGCGAGAAUUCAUAGUAUUUCUGUCGUCAAUCUGGCUUACUCGGCACACAGCUCAAGUAUUGGUGUCGGAAUGUCGAGAGAGAAGCGUGAAAGAGAUGGCUCCAAGGAUGGUAUGCCGGAAGAAAAGCGGCCGCGCCCACAGCUUGCCAGUGUCAUUGUUGAAGCUGUGAAAAUGGACUGUAUGCAGAAAUUGUGUUCAACUCUAGAGCCGCUUCUUCGGAAAAUGGUAGGAGAGGAGGUGGAGCGUGCGCUUACCAAAUUUGCUCCUCCGAAAGUUGGUGGAAUACGGUCUUCACCAAGAAAGAUUCAGGGCCCUGAUCAGCAGAAUCUACGUUUACAAUUCAGAAACAAAUUGGCUCUUCCCCUUUUCACUGGAAGUAAAGUGGAGGGAGAGCAAGGCUCUGCGAUCCAUGUGGUUUUACAGAAUACCAAUACCGGGCAUGUUGUUACAUCUGGUCCCGAAGCAUCAGCCAAGCUGGACAUAGUUGUGCUGGAAGGUGACUUCACUGCUGACGAUGAAGAGAAUUGGACUCAGGAAGAAUUUGAGAAUUAUAUGGUUAGGGAGCGAGAUGGGAAGAGACCCCUUCUUACAGGGGAGCUGAGUGUCACCCUGAAGGAUGGAGUCGGGACCCUAGGAGAAUUAACAUUUACCGAUAAUUCCAGUUGGAUUCGCAGUCGCAAGUUCCGGUUAGGUGUGAGACUUGCGUCUGGUCAAUGUGAAGGCAUGAGAAUUCGAGAAGCCAAGACUGAAGCCUUCACCGUCAAAGAUCAUCGUGGAGAACUGUACAAAAAGCACUACCCACCUGCCUUGAAUGACGAGGUGUGGCGCUUGGACAAGAUUGGGAAAGAUGGUGCUUUCCACAAGCGUCUUAAUCAAGCCAAUGUCGUGACAGUGGAGGAUUUUCUACGUCUAGUAGUCAUGGACCCUCAGAGGCUACGGAAUAUUUUAGGAAACGGAAUGUCAAAUAAAAUGUGGGAGGGCACCGUGGAGCAUGCCAAAACGUGUGUGUUGAGCGGAAAGUUGCAUGUGUAUUACGCUGAUGAGAAGCAGAAUAUCGGCGUCAUAUUCAACAACAUUUUUCAGCUAAUGGGGCUUAUUGCUGAUGGUUCUUACAUGUCCGUUGAUUCUCUUUCUGACAGUGAGAAGGUUUAUGUUGACAAAUUGGUAAAAGUAGCAUACGAAAACUGGGAGAAUGUGGUGGAGUAUGAUGGUGAAGCUUUAAUUGGUGUCAAAAACUAUCAAGCCAAGGGUUUUGAUAGCCAUACCUCAGAUCCUUUUGGGGGCCGGAAUUUCCACUCGCAAGGUCCGAGUCUGAACCAUCAGAAUGGAUACACACAUACAAAUUACCUAUAGAGGGUUUGAAUGCACGAGUCUACUUUUCUAGAAACUAAAUCUUAGUAAGUAGGUAGCAUCGCAGAGCCCAGUUCGCAACAGUCCAUGCGAGCUGCAAGUGGUGCAUGCGCAGCAAGUGUAUGUGCAGCCCACAAGACGUAUGUUGAAAGCUUUCAUAUUACACCCUGGCAGAUGUACAUUCAUUUAGCUGCCUGGGUGCUGCAGUCUUGAAAUCCUUACGACAUUGAGUGUAUCAUAGGUACCAUUUCGAUUUGCUGAUUCAAAACAUUUCGGCUCUCUUGUUCAUUCUGUUUUAUAAUCCAAGUGCCUGGCUUCCGUUCGCACGA